GUGACCGUGAGUGGGUGGUUCUAUUGCUGAAAGUCGGUCAGCCAGCCGCUAGGGGGUGCGCGCUCCAUUGGUGCGCCGAAUGGCCCCGCACUGGGGCGUUCUCUUCCCAACAAAUCUGUCUCCUUGGAGACGCGACGCGGUGCUUGGAGAUGGCGGAUACUCUGGUGCUGCGAGCGCUUCGAGGGAACGCGAGGAAUCUGGAUCUGGGCAGCAAAAAGCUGAAGCGGGUUCCGAAGGCGGUGGGAAGGCUGCGAGAACUGAAGCGACUGCAGCUGAGAAAUAACCUGCUCACCGAGCUUCCCGAGGAGCUCCAGGCACUUCACAACCUGACAGAUCUCAACCUGGGAAAUAACUCACUUGAAGCACUUCCAGAAGUUCUGAAGCAUCUAAAUCAGUUAAAGAAACUCCACUUGUUUGGUAACAAACUAGACAAGUUGUCACCAAGUGUGUUUGAGGGGUUAGGAAACUUGGUUUUCUUGAACCUGAAUGACAACAAGCUAACAACUUUGCCUGAUGAAAUAAACAGGCUGAUGGAACUCAAAUAUCUUUACGUGAACACCAAUCAACUGGAGAGCAUUCCAAGCAAACUUUGUCUCUUGCAGCAGCUUUGUGAGCUACAUUUAGCAAACAAUAAACUUAAAUCACUUCCACAUGAUAUUGGAUAUUUGACUAAUUUAAAGAAGCUUUCUGUGCCAAGAAACCAAAUCCAGGAGCUUCCAGAAGAAUUGUGUAUCCUAAGGAAGUUAGAGGUUCUAGAUGUGGCUGGAAAUCAGUUAAAUAUUUUUCCAACAAGGCUGUUGGAGCUGAAACUGGAAGAAUUCUACUUUGAGCAGAAUCCAUUGUUGGAAAAAAAUCUUAUUUCAUCAACACAACAAAAUGAAGUUUUAACUCUCCAGGAAAUUACUGCCAGAUAUAUCAUAGAUGAGCUGACAAGUAAUUCAUUCAAUUCAGUUUUUAAAUAUUACCCAGAGGUGAGAAAGAUAUUGGAAAAUGCAAGCAAAUGUGCUGUAUGUCAAAAAAGUUUUCUGAACACAUGGCUUGAAUGUGUGAAGUUUGUUGAACCAACACAGAAAAUUAGGAUGACCGGUCAUGUUGUUCCUGUCCGAGCCUUACUUUGUUCAUAUAAAUGUUUCAAUAAACCAGGCCAUCAAUACUAUGGAAUAGCAAUGCCAUAA